GGGCCGGGCCGAGCGCGCGGAGCGGAGCGGAGCGGAGCCGAGCGGCGGGAGAGGCCGCCGCCGCCGCCAAGAUGGCGGACCUGGAGGCGGUGCUGGCCGACGUGAGCUACCUGAUGGCCAUGGAGAAGAGCAAGGCCACGCCGGCGGCGCGCGCCAGCAAGAAGAUCCUGCUGCCCGAGCCCAGCAUCCGCAGCGUCAUGCAGAAGUACCUGGAGGACCGGGGCGAGGUGACCUUCGAGAAGAUCUUCUCCCAGAAGCUGGGGUACCUGCUCUUCCGAGACUUCUGCCUGAAGCACCUGGAGGAGGCCAAGCCCUUGGUGGAGUUCUACGAGGAGAUCAAGAAAUAUGAGAAGCUGGAAACAGAGGAGGAGCGCCUGGUCUACAGCCGAGAGAUCUUCGACACGUACAUCAUGAAGGAGCUGCUGGCCUGUUCACAUCCCUUCUCGAAGAGUGCCAUCGAGCACGUCCAGGGCCAUCUGGUGAAGAAGCAGGUGCCUCCAGAUCUCUUCCAGCCAUAUAUCGAAGAAAUUUGCCAGAACCUCCGAGGAGACGUGUUCCAGAAAUUCAUCGAGAGUGAUAAAUUCACACGAUUUUGCCAGUGGAAGAAUGUGGAGCUCAACAUCCACCUGACCAUGAACGACUUCAGCGUGCACCGCAUCAUCGGGCGAGGUGGCUUUGGUGAGGUCUACGGCUGCCGGAAAGCCGACACGGGCAAGAUGUACGCCAUGAAGUGUCUGGACAAGAAGCGCAUCAAGAUGAAGCAAGGGGAGACCCUGGCCCUGAACGAGCGCAUCAUGCUGUCGCUCGUCAGCACUGGGGACUGCCCGUUCAUCGUCUGCAUGUCAUACGCCUUCCACACGCCAGACAAGCUCAGCUUCAUCCUGGAUCUCAUGAACGGCGGGGACCUGCACUACCACCUGUCCCAGCACGGGGUCUUCUCCGAGGCCGACAUGCGCUUCUACGCCGCGGAGAUCAUCCUGGGCCUGGAGCACAUGCACAACCGCUUCGUGGUCUACCGGGAUCUGAAGCCGGCCAACAUCCUGCUGGACGAGCACGGCCACGUGCGCAUCUCAGACCUGGGCCUGGCCUGUGACUUCUCCAAGAAGAAGCCUCACGCCAGUGUGGGCACCCACGGUUACAUGGCUCCCGAGGUUCUACAGAAGGGUGUGGCCUACGACAGCAGUGCUGACUGGUUUUCCCUGGGCUGCAUGCUCUUCAAGCUGCUGCGAGGGCAUAGCCCUUUCCGGCAGCACAAGACCAAAGACAAGCAUGAGAUCGACAGAAUGACAUUAACAAUGGCUGUGGAGCUGCCCGACUCCUUCUCCCCUGAGCUCCGCUCCUUGCUGGAGGGGCUGCUGCAGAGGGAUGUCAACCGGAGGCUAGGCUGCCUGGGCCGAGGGGCCCAGGAGGUGAAGGAGAGCCCCUUCUUCCGUUCCCUGGACUGGCAGAUGGUCUUCUUGCAAAAGUACCCGCCCCCACUGAUCCCCCCACGAGGGGAGGUGAAUGCAGCUGACGCCUUCGACAUUGGCUCCUUUGAUGAGGAGGACACAAAAGGAAUCAAGCUACUGGACAGUGACCAGGAGCUCUACCGCAACUUCCCCCUGACCAUCUCGGAGCGGUGGCAGCAGGAGGUCGCAGAGACUGUCUUUGACACCAUCAACGCCGAGACGGACCGGCUGGAGGCCCGCAAGAAAACCAAAAACAAGCAGUUGGGCCACGAGGAAGACUACGCCCUGGGCAAGGACUGCAUCAUGCAUGGCUACAUGUCCAAGAUGGGCAACCCCUUCCUGACCCAGUGGCAGCGGCGGUACUUCUACCUGUUCCCCAACCGGCUCGAAUGGCGGGGCGAGGGCGAGGCCCCGCAGAGCCUGCUGACCAUGGAGGAGAUCCAGUCGGUGGAGGAGACGCAGAUCAAGGAGCGAAAGUGCCUCCUCCUCAAGAUCCGAGGCGGCAAGCAGUUCGUCCUGCAGUGCGACAGUGACCCAGAGCUGGUACAGUGGAAGAAGGAGCUGCGCGACGCCUACCGCGAGGCCCAGCAGCUGGUGCAGCGGGUGCCCAAGAUGAAGAACAAGCCGCGCUCGCCCGUCGUGGAGUUGAGCAAGGUGCCACUGAUACAGCGCGGCAGCGCCAACGGCCUCUGACCUGCCGCCCGCUCGCCCGGCCACCCCCCUGCCCGCCCGCCUUUUAUAAACCUCUAAUUUAUUUUG